UACUAUAUAUAAUAUAUAUACUGCGCACCAUGCCCAUAUAUCUCCUUUCUCUUUCAACAACAUCAUCAUAUCCAUACACCCACCUGAAAAGAAACCAUGCCGUCGAUUUCCGGCCAAGUCGUCUGCGUCACCGGCGCCGGAGGCUUCAUCGCUUCCUGGCUCGUUAAACUUCUCCUCCAGAAAGGCUACACCGUCCGAGGAACCGUCAGAAACCCAGGUUACCUAAAGAAGCUUGAAGGAGCAAAUGAAAGGUUAACACUUUGGAAGGCGGACCUUCUUGAUUACAAGAGCAUGGGCGAAGCCAUCAACGGCUGCGAUGGAGUUUUCCACACCGCUUCGCCUGUAACGGAUGAUCCUGAACAAAUGGUGGAGCCGGCGGUGAUCGGAACCAAGAACGUGAUAGCGGCGGCGGCGGAAGCCGGAGUUCGCCGCGUGGUGUUCACUUCCUCCAUUGGUGCGGUCUACAUGGACCCCAACAGAGGCCCUGAUGAAAUUGUGGAUGAAACUUGUUGGAGUGAUCUUGAGUUUUGCAAGAACACUAAGAAUUGGUAUUGUUAUGGGAAGAUGGUGGCAGAGAAAAAAGCAUGGGAAGAAGCAAAGGAGAGAGGGGUUGAUUUAGUGGUGAUAAAUCCAGUUUUGGUGCUUGGGCCAUUGCUACAAACCACAGUCAAUGCUAGCAUUCUUCACAUCCUCAAGUACCUCACUGGCUCUGCUAAAACUUAUGCCAAUUCAGUUCAGGCCUAUGUGCACGUUAGGGAUGUUGCUCUAGCCCACAUUCUUUUAUUCGAGACCAUGUCAGCGUUCGGCCGAUACAUCUGCGCCGAGAAUGUUCUUCACCGUGGCGAAGUCGUCGAAAUUUUGGCCAAAUUCUUUCCCGAAUAUCCCAUCCCUACCAAGUGCUCAGACGAGACAAAAGCAAGGGCAAAACCAUACAAAUUCUCGAACCAAAAAUUGAAAGACUUAGGAUUAGAGUUUACACCAACAAAACAAGCUCUAUAUGAUACGGUGAAGAGUCUUCAAGAGAAAGGUCAUAUUCCACUUCCUACCCAAAAAGAUGGAUCAGUUCGACUCCAAUCUUAGCUCUGCUCUUUAAUUACUUCAUACCUAUCAAUUUAUGUUGAAUUUCGAAAUUUGAUACAACUUGCAUGAUCAUGCCUAAGUUAUUUGAAACGUGA